AUGCGAUGCGCGAGCAAGGCCGCCGAGAGCGCGUCCGCACGUCUCUGUGCGGACGCCGAAGCAGAAACCACAGCAACUGAUGUCUCAUCGGUUGCUGAAGCGACCCAGCCUGUGUCACUUGGUGAUGCAGGCGCUCGUCAUGAAGACACUCAUGUCUUCACAGAGUAUGAGCUCGGUGUCUCAUACUCUCCUUAUACGGAAGACGGAUCCGUAUCGACGGCGAUCGAAUCCAAGCCGCCUGCCAAGCGUGGCAUGGACGAUGCUUUGCGUCGCAGCAUCUUUGGUUAUCUGAUGAAUCAGAUGAACCAUCGCCAAAGCGAAGGCGCUCGAGGUGCCAGUACUUCUGUCGGCACAUCGCAGGAAGAGCGGGACCGCAAUGUCUUGCGUCUCGCUCCCGAGAAGAAGGCAUGGGUGCCUCCUAAAUCUGUCAUGGAUCACUUGUCGGCGACGACGAGUGAUCGUUAUCGAACACGAUUGUUCGAUUCGUCAAGGAUCCAUCACCUUGACCCCAGCGCGAAAAACUAUCGCGCUGAAUACGAAUACUUCAUCGAUGCUUUCUUCAAACAUCGAUGGUACAGUGGGAAUCACAAACGUGAUGGUCCCUCACUACUUCAAGCGUGGAACGCCUACAUCCAUAACCUGGAGGAUGUAGGUCUUGACGCUUGGAACGACAAGUUUAUCAAAGCUCGUGAUAAGUUUGAAAAGCGAACCCCGACAGGUGCACACUACAAGCUGCAUCGUCUGUCAAGGGAGAAGGGAUUACCCUGCCUCUCAUGGGGAGACUCGUGCCCGUGUUGUGUGAACAACUCUGCACGAGCACCUAAGGAGGCUUACAUCCCUAAUAGCCCGUGGUGGCGCGUACGUAUCUCUAUUGAGAUGUACGAAGGGAUUGACAACCUGAAAUCCCUUUACGACCGUGCCGGAGAGAAUUUCUCCGGCGGUCCUUCUGCGGCACAGGAUGUGCCGCGUCGUACUGCUCAUCCAGACCCAGUACGUCGAUCAUUAGUUGGGAGCGGGGCUCCCAAGAAUCCCAGGACGGGGGAUAGCCGCGCCACCGGACGAGGUAACUCGUCCGACGUCCGUUCACGUCGCGGUGGUUCAACAGCUGCUCAACUAGAUAGCGCUGGCCACCGCGAGAGUCCUCUAAUGGAGGUGGAGGAGGUGGAAAGACGCUCUCCACACGAUCAUGGGGAUCCGUGUGUUCCCGAGAGCUUCUUUGAUCGCAUAACGCAAGGGUUACGCAACGAUCUAGAACAUGAGCGGGACAGGCGUCUCCAAAUGGCGGACACUGCCUUGAAGCAUCGAGCUGAGUUUGCCUUUGCUCAGCUUGAGAACGAGAGAUAUCUGACAUCUCUUCGUGACGAGCUAAGGGUAACUCGUGGGAUUGUUGAUCGGUCUCGGGAUGAGAUAGCUGCUCUUCAGACCCUUGUUGAUGCCCACUAUCGGGAGCACAAGGCUCUCUGCGAGAUGCUUGAGCGCAAGGGCGUUCUUCAUCGGAUGAAGCAGCGUACUGAUGGUACGGCUUAA